AUGGUAAAGCAAAGUCUUCGGGAUGGAGUGCCUGCCGAUCCAAAUUUCCGUCAAACAGAAAAGAUGCUUCUGGGUUCGUACACACUACUGUCGUCGCUGGCAUUAUGCCUUUUAUCACAAGUGGAGGCAUUUAACGCCAACGAUGUCGACGAUCGUGUGAAGCUGAACUUUCCUCAAUGGUGUAACCAGCAAAUCGCAACUUGUCCUUUAAUCUGCCACGAUGAGUUUAACCAAGGUGCUAGUCUAAACAUUUGCGACACUGCUUCUCUAGCAUAUGAGUGCGUCUGCGCAGGAAACAAACGCCCUAACGUUGCCGAGUACACACAAACAAUCCAUUACUUUACAUGCACCUAUGACCAGCAAAGUUGCGUUCGCGCCUGCAGAAUUGGAGAUUCAAGCUGCAUCAUAGCCUGUGAGCAGAAGUACCAGUGCGGAGCAGCACACCCUCGUCAUAACAAUAGCACAAUUCUUUACCCUCCUAUGGAAUCCGACGCGAAAGGAAACCCUUCGAAUCGCCCUGACUCUCGUCUAGCUGAAAACUUGACUCCAAUUGGCAAUGGAGGCAAAACUUUCCUUUCUUCCUCAAGUUCAGUGCACGCGUACCAGGCUAAAGCAGCUGGACUAGCAUUUGUAACUGUUGCCUCUCUCGCACUAUUUCUCUGA